CGUUUCGUUUGCAUCUAUUACUAAGAGCUAAUACUGACUUGACACUGAAACCAAGUAAAAACACGUUACUAAAACAUGAUGAAAUUACGCGUUUGUUGGUGCUUUUUCGGCUUUCUGGUAUAUUCGAAAGGAAAUCCGUUAAAUGUAAAUCUAAUACGCGAUAAUGUGGGGUGUUUUGAUAUUUUCAACGAUAAUAUGGCCAUUCUCGUUACUAUGCUUCCGCAAGUUGUUUCCGUCUGUGACUCACACAACACUAGUGCAUCACCAGUAACAUCCAUGUGUGAGGACCUUAUCAAGUGGAAGCUGUGCGCCAGCGCCAAGGAUGUUAAUGAUGGUCUGCUCCAAGCUGAUACCUUCGGUGAUGAAAUGGAAAAAUAUAUAGCUCAAUCAAAUUCAGACAAGUUGUGUCGAGAUCUGUCAUUCCUCAACAUUUCUGACUGUCAACAUGUUUGUACAGAAGAUAAAAGCCUCUGCAGUUACUAUGGUGGCAUGGUAACAGAACUUCAAGAGGCAUUUCAUGAGACUAUGGAGGAAAAAGAGGGAUACAAACUACUGUACAAGUUCAAGCACAUGAUACAAAGUUUGGUGCCGUUUCCACCACUAGGCAUCUUUAGUGUAAAUCCUGCACUUAAAAAGUGUUUAGAAGAAGAUACCACUGACAUUGAUGAUGUCUGCCGUCUUUUAGCCCAUAUCGCUGAUCUUUCAAUGCAAGCUCAUGUGUUAGAAAUAAAUCAUACAAAAUACCUAGCCAAUAAUGAAACAAAAACGGUUAAGUGCGAGCUUCUGAAGAAUAAGAAGGAUGCCUGUAUGAAGUCAUGUUUGGGGGAACAGGCAACAGACACAAAAAAGGAAAUAUGCCGAAUGAUUGCUUUUGGGGUAGAGCAAUUGUAUGGUCCUGACUCUCCAAACAAGGAGUCAACACUUAACACUCCUGAAGAGACCACAACUGAGAAGGAAUCAAAAGAGUCCGACGAAAAAGCAGAAAGCGCAAAAAAUAUUACGGCUCCAAUUACCACAAAACCUAACCAAAGUGACAUUGCUACAACACAAGAUCCCAUGUCUAGUACAUCAAACCCUGCAUCUACAACAAUUCCCACCACUUUGGCAAGAAUUGUAGAUAAACCAAUUUCUUCACAGAACGAAACACUUGUUAUCCUACCUAAAUCUUCCCAAUUACCUCCACCUGUUGAAAAUGACAAAAUUGAAAACAAGAACUCUAAAACCUCAGCAGCACCACCACCUCAAAUAGCUCCAUCAACUGCUAAAAUUACUAAUGAAACAAUCACCGUUCAGUCAACAACUUUAACUGAGACUUUGACAACAGAUAAUGAGAAAUUAAAAGACAACCAAGAUACAAAGAAUGAUGCUGAUGCCAAAGUUGAAACAAACAAAGAUACUGUUUCUCAAACUAAUCUAGAACAAGAUGAAAAAGGGUCAAACAUAUUUUCAUAUAUCCUGGUAUUGGUUGUACUUAGUAUUGCGGGCUACAUUGUUUUCCAAAACAAGCACAAGAUAAUCGCACUGGUGGUGGAGGGGAAGUCCAGUGCUGGCAGGCGGCCAUCCACAAAGAAGUACAAAAAACUGAAGACUGAAGAUGUCAUGCCAAAUUUGGAGCAUUCUGCUUCUAGUAAAACAUAUGUCUUCUAAAAGCACAUGUACCAUCUUUUAAAGGCACAUUUACCGUCUUCUAAAGGCACAUGUACUUCUUCUAAAGGCUCAUGUACAGUCUUCAAAAGGCACAUUUACUGUCUUCUAAAGGCAUACCUACUUUCUUGUAAAGGCACUUGUACUGGUACAUGUACUAAAAACUUGUAAUCAGUUGCUGAAAAACUUGUUGUCAAGUAUCUUUGUAAACAUGAUGGGUGCUUAUUGUUUUGGCAUAUACCCUGUUUUUUUCUUGGAAGCAAAGUUAACAGGGGCAUUAAAAGAAAACAUUAACCUUAACUUAACCUUAAACAAGACAGAGCAGACCAAUGUUAAUAUUGUUUGCUACUGGCUUGACUUAUUCAUUUUCUUUGAAAUAUUUUAAUAUUGAUAUUGUGUUACUUUGAAAAAUAAUUGUUUUUUAUGUAUUGCGUACAUUCCAUGUUUCCAUUGUGAGCACCGGGUAUUGGGCAAUUAAACAUUAAUUAUAAAUAAGUCACCAUUAGGAAAACAAUAUCCUUCUUAAGGAUCCAGUGCUGGUUGUUCUUUUUCAAUGUUUUCAAUCAUAGCGCAACUAGAAAACUGCAGGUUGAAUAUACAUGUAAUGUUAAAUCAAAAGUUCUAACAUGUUCAUAAAUAUAGAGACUGAUAUGUUUUUAAUAUUAUUUUGUUUGUCACAUAAUUUUACGAUGAUUAUAUUAUAUCUACAAAGCUUUUGUUAACAUGUGAUAGCAGUAUUGAGCAUUUCCUUAUAAUCAAAGUGUGAAGGUGACAAAGAUGUCAUGGAUAUGCUGUCUGUCUCGGAGAUCCCUGUUUUGAUCCCCUUUCUAUAAAUCUAACCAAACACACUGAUAACUAGUUCCUCCCUGGAAAUAAAUUCAAAGAGUGCCUGUAUGAAUUAGGCUUUAAAUGUAAUCAAGUGUUUUAAAAAGGUUUUAACAAAAGCAUUUAACAUGAUAUUUAUAUUUACUCCCUCUAGCUGUAUAAAUAGCAACACAUAUUAUGAAGCCAGCCCGGCCACUUAACUUUCCCGGAGAUAGUCAUUAAAUACUGCCAUUUUUGAGUCCAUUUCCUUGGUUGAGCCGGUAAGUUCUGUCUUAAAGAAAAGCAAAUGAGAUUCACUCCCAGAUUUCAGAUCAAGUCUAGCACCUUUUGGUCAUUAGACAGAAAUCAUGUAAGCCAUGCUAUGUGGAAAGGGGGUUUAAUGCAUAUGCCAAAGUGUCAUCCCAGAUUAGCCAUUUGCUAAGAAGAGACUUCCUUUUAACAGAAAAUACCAUGAAAGCGGAAAGUGUUGUCCAUGAUUAGUCUGUGCAGACUGCGCAGGCUAAUCUGGUACAACACUUUACACAUGCAUUAAACCCCUUUUUCACAGGACUCAUAUAUUACUUUAUACAGCAUGGUCACCAGUCAGUUUAUUUCUGCAUAUUUUAUUCCAUAACGCAUUCCAACUAAAAGUUCUGGUACUUGGCUUUGUAUUGCCUUCAUUUGACUUGUAAUCAUUAUUGCUAAUAGUGUGUAUCAUAAUUGCUUGCUUAUGUGUUACUUUCAUAUUGCAAUUGAAAUCCAAUUAAGACCUCUGGAAUAGUGGAAAAUAUUAAGUAAUUCUAAAACUCUGUGUUCUGCUCACAUGUUUUAUUAUGACUAGUGCAAGAGAUAUUGUACAGUGCCAUUAUAUCAGCAUAUUUAGGUCCUUUUUCCAAUUCAUGCAUAAAAACCUAAAUUUUAUUAGGAUAAAUUAUUUGAACAUGAAUAUAUGAAAUUGAAUUUGCUUUUUUAAUUACAUAUAAAUUAUCUUUUGAUGCUCCAAAUAUUAUCAACAGUAU